AGAUUGUUUUGGAAUAAUUUCUUAUUUAAAAUAAAGGCAGGAGAAUACAUGGCAGCAAUAGGGUUUUGUAAGGUUUAUCGUGAAAUCGUAGAAUAAAGCUGAAUCCAUUCUUAGAUAUAUUCCUGGCAAUGUUGAGAUCAUACCGACUGUAGUAAAAUAGAGAGAGUUUUCCAUUUCUUUUGCUUUGGAUAAGAAAAUAACAUGGAAGACUAUGGGAUCUUCUAAAGACAAUUUUAGAAGGGAAGGACGGAAAACUGUUGCAGGCCGACGAAGAGAAUAAAGAGGAUACUCAGCUGAGAAGGAAACAAAAUACAGCAAGGGUAGAGCAAUUUCUAAAUUUACAGCUGCGAGAGAGAUUUUCUGAAGAAGCCUUGCCAGCUGUUCUUAUCCGAUGUGGAGUGUUUCUAUGCUGGCUUCCGUUUCUAUUCCCGUAUGGAGUUCGUCGGUUGCCUUUCCUCCUUGCGUCGGUGGUGUAACCGACCUCUUUCCUUAUGCGCGACUCUUGUCAUUCCCAUGGGGAAGAGUAAUGGCUAGUUCGGGAGAGUACGUGAAGAGUCUGGUCUUUUUCGUGCGUUGAUUGUUCUCUUGCUUGUUGCGGGUUAUGACGGAUUCCUAUAUAAGAUUGGUGAUAAGGCAGUCGUGGGUAGAGCUGAAGGCAUUCCGUCAUUCAUUUUUUGUCUGAUAAUCACCGUGUAAUGUUCGGGCUUCAUAUGUAAUGUUCAAGUUUCCUAUGCACAAAAAUGGCAGGCGGGAAAGAGCGCAAAACCAAGCCCUCGGCAGCACAGCGUCAGCAGGGAGGAAUUCAGUUUUACAAAUCAAAAGGUCAACACAUCCUUAAGAAUCCAAUGCUAGUACAGACCAUUGUGCAAAAGGCAGGCAUUAAGAGUACAGAUAUUGUGCUGGAAAUAGGGCCAGGGACUGGGAACUUGACAAUGAAGUUGCUGGAGGUAGCAAAAAAGGUAAUAGCAGUGGAGUUGGAUCCUCGUAUGGUGUUGGAAUUGCAGCGCAGGGUGCAGGGAACUAGCAAUGCCAUUCGGUUGCAGGUCAUUCAAGGAGACGUUCUCAAAACUGAACUACCCUAUUUUGAUGUGUGUGUAGCAAAUAUCCCAUAUCAGAUAUCAUCUCCUCUUACGUUCAAGCUCUUGUCACACAGACCAAUUUUUAGAUGUGCCAUUAUCAUGUUCCAGAGAGAGUUUGCCAUGCGGCUUGUUGCAAAACCAAGAGAUAACUUAUAUUGCCGCCUUUCUGUGAAUACUCAGUUGUUGGCUCGUGUUUCGCAUCUAUUGAAAGUUGGAAAAAAUAAUUUCAGGCCACCACCAAAAGUAGACUCCUCUGUUGUUCGAAUUGAGCCCCGGAAUCCUCUUCCUCCAAUUAGUUUCAAGGAGUGGGAUGGGAUGAUUCGUCUCUGUUUUAAUCGCAAAAAUAAAACUUUGGGGGCAAUCUUUAGAACCAAAAAUAUCUUAACACUGUUGGAGAAGAACUAUAAGACAUUUCAAGCUUUGCAAGAAGCAUGUUCAAAGCCUAAUGAAUCAACAGUUGGGGAUGUGUCAAUUUUGGGUGACCCAGCUAAUGACUCUACUAUGGAAAUUGAUGCUGGGGAAGAUCAAGAAAUGGAUGUUGAUGAUGCUGAUAUGCAGGAAGGGGCUUCUCAAUUUAAGGAUAAAAUACUCAAUAUCUUGCAAGAAGGCAAUUUUGAAGAUAAAAGAUCUUCCAAGCUUACUCAAGAUGAUUUCUUGCAUCUCUUAUCCCUCUUUAACAAGGCUGGCAUACAUUUUGCUUAAUCACUUUUUGUCAUUGGAAAUUUAUUUUGAAGUCAUUUCUGUAACUUUGUUUUCGGAUUAGGAAGUUAUUUGUAUGCUUGACGGAGGCCUUAUGCUUAUGUAAGUUGUAAUUGAGCCUGCAUUUAAAUCCAAGUUUGUUGGUUCAGUUUUCUUUAUAUUUUCAAAUUAUCAUUUUGUAAACAAAUUUUGGAAUAGAUAACAAGAAAUUGAUUGCGUUUUAUAGAGUUAAA